AAAAUACAGCCAUACUUCAAGCGGCACCUGGUAUGCCAGUCUCAUGCUGUGUCGGCGGCAGUCCUUAUCGAUAAUGUGGAGAUGCGCUUCUGUCAGCAGUGUGCAAAAUUUGAGCGUCUUGCUGCAUUCGACGGGGGGAACAGGUAUGCAAAAGAGAAAGUG